ACUCUAGCUACGUCCAGUACUCUGGUAAUUCCUACUUGGAGUUUGAGGGCAUGGACCUUGGUGCCAACAACAACAUCACUGUGAGGUUUCAGACCCGGGAGGCCCAGGGGACCAUCCUGUACGCGGACCAAGGAGUAGUGACCAGGGGCUUCUUUUUCAUCAAGCUCUUCAUUCAGGAGGGAAUGCUACAGGUGAGGCUUUCUCUGCAUCCCAAAUGGCAUCCUAUUCUCUAUAUAGUGCACUAAUGUGGGAUGCCCUGUGUGCUCUGGUCAAAAGACUACAUGUUUCGAGUCUCUAUGAAGUCUUUGAUGAUUUUGCUGUUUCAUUGUUGUUUACAGUACUGCCUAUGUUGGCUGAUAUAGCCUAUAAUUGCAAAUGUUUUGUGGACCAUAGUGCUUUGUGCUAUGUUUUUAUCCCAAACAAAUGAUGCAUCAUGUAGCAGACUAUUAUCACACCCUGUUCUGAUGCAUCAUGUAGCAGACUAUUAUCACCCUGUUCUGAUGCAUCAUGUAGCAGACUAUUUCUUCUCUGUAAUGUGUUUCAGUAUGUCUUCUCCUGUAACCGAGAGGAAGGGAUCAGAAGGAUCAAUACAUCCAUC